GUCCUGACGUGCAAAAAGACUCCAGCCACUAAAGCCCCGAUUCUGGGAGUACCAGAGUAGGAUAGCCCUACUGGGAGCCGUCACCCACAGACCGCUCCUUUGACUGCCAUCCUUGAGUGCGUCUCUCACUCUGGUUGUUGGGAGAAGCCUCUCGAUUUGGUGGCAUUCCCCCCCCCCUCGUGCCAACGCUGCUCCGCAGCGGCUAUUAAUUAGUGUUAGUCAGGAGUGCCAGGAAUAAGUUGUCGCCUUGAGGUGGAGGUGAUCGUGGCCCAAGCAGAGAUUGAGAGCGACGGCACCUCGUCCGUGUACAAGCCCCGACGACUGUGAGCGACCUCGACGCACCUGCCCAGCGAUUACGCUCAUGCUGCGCCCUGCAUUUCCCCAGCGACGUCCGUCAAGAUGCCAACUACCACGUCCGCGCCUGACAAAUCGAGACAGACCUCCGCUGGCAAAUCGUUCUUCGGGAGGAAAUUGCACAAGGAGAAGCCGGUAGACGACCGCUACGAUGCCCAUGGCGGCCUCGAGAGCCUCGCGCCUCCUGGAAGCGCCGCUGGUUCUCGUUCCUCCCGCCACUCCAAACGGUCCUCCGUCCAGUCCAUGGACUUUCCCACCGACAUCGAUCCGGCAGCACUCUCCAUGACCGCGGGUGUCAUUACCUCCAUUCCAUUUGAAAGUCUCCCCGCCGACACCAAGUCGCCCAUUCCGAUCGACUAUCUGUCCAAGGCCGAAACCUCGCCUCGCAAAGAACCAUCCCCGAAUCACCUCGCCAAGGGAGGCAGUGAUUUCCACCAAUAUCCCGCCUGGAAUCCGGCCAGUGUCCGAGACAACAACUCCUACUCCCACCCCACCGGCCCUCGUCCGCCACCGCAUUCGUCCAAUAUGACCAUGGCGGGAAGCUCGUCUGGGGACAAGGGUGCUCGAUACCAGCAAUGGGGGCGGCCAGGAAGUUCGGCUGCCAAUACGGGGUUCAGUCACAACUCUUCCUCUACGGUAGAUUCUUCUGCGCAUUCCCGAAUAUCUUUCGACCAAGCCAGUGUCCACUCGUCGCUAUCGUCCAACACCCGGGACACUCGGGGUUCGAGCUACUUUUCAUCGGAUGGUUCUUCACGCACGCUGACGACCUCGCAUUCCGCCGACCGCAAUACCUACUCGUCCAAUGGGACCUCCAGUCGACUGUCGAAUGCACAAGCCGCGUGGCAAUCGGCACAAGCCUCGCAACCUACAAAGCCGCCGACCAAUCCUGAGCAAUACCUGACUCGCCCUCGGGACGAUCGGGUCGUGGACCAGCUGUUUCUGGAACUGAUGCAGAAGCGUGGUUGGCAGAAUCUGCCGGAGCAGGCCAAACGGCAGAUGCUUGCGUACCCGGCUUCGAAAAAGUGGACGCUGGUUCAUCAAGAUCGGUUGACGGAGAUACAAGGCGAACAGAAGCGGCGGCAGAAUGCACGGCAGACCCAUGGUCAUGAUGGGCCGACGGGGAUUCUGGAGCGGGCCGAUGAAGAGGGAAGUCCGGAGUGGUACGUGAAGAAAGUGAUGGAUGACUCAAUCACCUCGAAACAAUUAGCUAGUCUGAGCGUCAGUCUGCGAACCCAACCGAUCAGUUGGGUAAAAGCCUUUGUCGAGGCACAAGGCCAAAUAGCCCUGACGAACGUUCUUUCCAAGAUUAACCGGAGAAAGGCUUCUGGUCCCGUUCCUGCGCCCCCGACGGGCGAUAAGGAUUUGGAUCGUGAAUAUGACAUUGUCAAGUGCCUGAAGGCACUGAUGAACAACAAAUAUGGCGCGGAUGAUGCUCUUGCUCACCAACAGGUCAUCGUGGCUCUCGUGAGCUCGCUGCUGUCCCCUCGGCUCAAUACGAGGAAGCUGGUCAGUGAGGUCCUGACCUUUCUUUGUCACUGGGCCGAAGGGCAUGGGCACCAGAAGGUCCUCCAGGCUAUGGAUCAUGUCAAGAACCACCACGGAGAGACUGGCCGGUUUGAUGCCUGGAUGCGGAUUGUGGAGGUGACCAUCGAUGGCCGUGGAAAGAUGGGCAGUAUGGUGGGUGCAAGUGAGGAAUAUCGCAGCGGUGGCAUAGGCAUGGAAAACCUUCUCAUGGAAUAUGCGGUCUCAACCAUGCUCCUGAUCAAUAUGCUGGUGGAUGCACCGGAGAACGACCUGCAGUUGCGUUGUCAUAUUCGCGCGCAGUUCAUUUCUUGCGGCAUCAAGCGUCUCAUGACGAAAAUGGAAGGCUUCCAAUAUGAGGUCAUCGACAAGCAGAUCGAGCGCUUCCGAGAAAAUGAGGCCAUCGACUACGAAGAUCUCCUGCAGCGCGAGAGUAGCAGCGUGAAGGAUAGCAUCGAGGGCGAGGUCAAGGACAUGAGCGACCCUCUACAAAUUACCGACGCUAUUGCAUCGAGGAUACAGGGUACUCGAGCUCAUGACUACUUCCUCUCUGCUAUGCAACAUAUGCUCCUAAUCCGGGAGAAUUCCGGAGAGGAUGGCCUCCGCAUGUACCAGCUUGUCGAUGCCAUGCUCAGCUACGUAGCCAUGGACCGAAGGUUACCCGACCUGGACCUCCGGCAAGGGUUGACAUUUACUGUGCAGAGCCUCUUAGACAAGCUGCAUACGGAUUCGGAGGCACGACAAGCCUACGAUGAAUCAUUGGAGGCUCGGCAGAUCGCGGAGGCUGCCCUCGCGGAGCGUGAUGAGAUGAAGGCGCAAAUCGAACUGGGUGCAGAUGGUCUUGUAAAGAAGCUGCAGAAGCAGAUCGAAGAGCAGACCGGCGUCAUUGAGCUUCAACGGAGACGGGAGGAGGCAAUCCGGGCUGAGCUCGCCGAUGUGCAAAGGCUGCGCGCUCAGGAGUUGCAACGGAACGAACUGGAAACCAGAGAGCUUUACCUAAUGCUUCGGGACGCCCAGGAUAUCGCUGCUUCAAAUGCCAAGAAGAACAACAACCUCGCAGAAGCGGAUCCAUCGCACAUGAGAGGAAUUUUGGAUCGUGAGAAGCUCCUGGAGCGAUUGGAGAUGCAGCUCGAACGGACCAAGACUCAAUUCAAGCUUGAGGGCAAGGUUUGGGGCCAACAUGUUACCUCGGACCGGCUGCGUGAACUCCGCGAACAGAUGGACGGCGAGGCCGAACCAAACGAUGACUUUGAGGAGCACGCCCGCCAGAAUGUUCCUGCACUGGGAUCCGUCCACCGCAAGCGAAGCCACUUGCCCGGCAUGGAGAGGGGUGAGCUUGAGGGCCAGGAGCAGGAGGGUGAGGUGGAUGAGAACGGAGAAAUCAUCUAUGAGAAGGCACGUCUCGUGGACCUUCAUCGACCCCGACUGAACCCCAAGCAGGCGAACGGUCUGCUCGGAGAGAUUGCCUCGCGGGUACCUAAGAUUGACGCUGACGACAAUGAAACGGGCGCUGCUGUUCCGGAGGGUGCUCAAACCACGACGCUUGAGGGCAGUGCUGCCACCGUCGGACCCAAGGUUGAGGGUGAAAUCGAGAAGCCGGCGGGCAAGGGCGUGCCCGCUCCCCCUCCGCCUCCCCCGCCGCCACCACCACCUCCUGCCCCGGGAGCUGUGGGAAUCCCCCCUCCGCCGCCGCCGCCGCCUCCUCCUCCUCCGCCUCCGCCCGGCG